AUGAUCGACAAAACCGGCCUGAAAGGCCUCACGGGUGGGCCGCUAGUGGCGGCCAUCACAACGGUCUGCGCUUCGUCUUUUCUGUUAUUUGGUUAUGAUCAGGGUGUCAUGUCCGGUGUAGUCAUUUCUCAAUACUGGCUGGACGAGAUGGGGAACCCCAGUACAGUGAUGACGGGCACUAUCACCGCUCUGUAUGAUGUUGGCGCUGUUUUCGGGGCGAUCAUCGCUGCAUUUACUGUCGAACGACUGGGACGAAAGCGCAGUCUGUUGGUUGGCUCAUCGUUGAUCGUCAUUGGCUCCAUCUUAAUGGGUGCAUCCGUGGAGAGAAUCCAGAUGAUGGUGGGAAGAAUUGUAACCGGCUUGGGAAUUGGAUUCUUGACCUCCGUUGCGCCUGUCUACCAGAGCGAGAUCUGCCUUCCCAGCCAACGAGGCUGGCAUGUUUCCUGCCAAUUGACGAUGAUGCUUUUCGGGCUGAUGCUGUCCUACUGGAUCAACUACGCCUUCUACUUCCACCCCGGUCAGGUUCAGUGGCGAUUUCCCAUCAUAUUUCAAGCAGUCUUUGCCUUAUAUGUCCUAGUUGUCACGCCGUUCCUACCCGAUACUCCUCGUUGGCUCAUGCUGCACGAAACCUCACCGGCCAAAGGAACCGAAGUACUUGCCAAGUUACGCGGCACGACAGAAGAUGACCCGGUCGUGCAAAAUGAGAAAUCAGACAUUUUGUCGGCUAUUAAUAUUGAAUCGGAAGAGGAGGGCUCAUGGAGAUCGUUGUUCAUGGAUGGAGGAUGUGCAGCCAACAAGCGCUUUUUCUUGGCUGUGGGAAUUCAGUUCAUGCAGCAGACUUCUGGUAUCAACAUUAUCACUUAUUAUGCCCCCACGCUGUUCAAGGAAAGCUUGGGCAUGUCCCAGGAGGAGGCAUUGUUUCUGGGCUGUUUCUUGCAAGUGUGGUAUAUUAUUGCCUCAUUCCUCACGUGGUACAUGAUCGACUCGGUUGGCAGACGACGCCUGUAUAUCAUCAUGGCACUUGGGAUGUGUGUUGUCCUGGUCUGCGAGGCCAUCACCGUGUCUAUUGGAACGGCGCGGUCUGGAGUCGCAGCGGUGUUCUUCGUCUUUGCCUUCGAGGCCUGCUUCACUUGGGGCUGGAUGGCCACCGUGUGGGUAUACCCGGCGGAAAUCCUUCCUUUGAAGAUUCGCUCAAAGGGAGCAGCUCUGGCGGCAGCAGCAGACUUUCUGGGAAAUUUCCUUGUUGUGGAAAUUACCCCGCCCGCUCUGGAAAAUAUCGGCUACCAGACUUACAUUAUUUUCGCAGUCCUCAACCUUGUUGCGGCUAUGAUUGUUUACUGCUUCUACCCCGAGACAUCCUACCUGAACUUGGAGUCCGUGGACCUCAUUUUCAUGGAAGACGAGAAGCGAGAUCGGGAGAUCGAGUCCAAGCAGAAGUUCUAUCACAAGGCCCUUCAGUGGAAUGUGGUGCCGAGGGCAAGAAUGGCCGUGAAUGAGGCCAAAGCCAGGAAGAGGGCCGGGUUUGCAGAGGCGUCGGGUGAUAUUGAACAGACAGCUGUUCGGAGUGGCUCAAAGGGUGACAUGCGACAGGAUCACGUCGAGUACACGGACUGA